AUUCAAGAAUCAUCACUUGAUGGGAAGAAUGAAUUGUAUCGAGCAAGACAGAUUGGGCCAAGCAUUUGAAGAUGCCUUUGAGGUAAUGCGGCAGCACUCGAGCAGGGAUCUUCAGUAUACCCCAGAUUACAAAAAUUACAUGGCUUUCAUUAACCAUUACCCUCAUAUCAGAAGCAAUUCCAGCUACUAUGGAAUGUUGCCUGCCGAGGAGCCCGCCUGCCACUGGAGAACCGUAGUGAACACUGCUGGGGACUUCUGUUUGGAAGAAAACACUCAUCCAGCCCUGCAGAACAUAAUUGAAAACCAGUUGGAACAGCCUGUCAUCUUCCAGCAAAAAGGGGGAAAAGGCCGGAGGAAGCUGCGACUCUUUGAAUACCUGUUCGAGUCCCUGUGUGCUCCCGAGAUGAUGUCCUGCAUUCAGUGGGUAGAUAAAGCCAAAGGCAUCUUUCAGUUUGUAUCGAAAAACAAAGAAAAACUUGCUGAGCUUUGGGGAAAGAGGAAAGGCAACCGGAAGACCAUGACUUACCAGAAAAUGGCCCGAGCCCUGAGGAACUAUGCAAGGACUGGGGAAAUCACCAAAAUCCGGAGAAAGCUGACCUACCAGUUCAGCGAGGCCGUCCUGCAGAGGCUGUCCCCAUCGUCCCACUUCCUGGGGAAAGACAUCUUCCACUCCCAGUAUGUCCAGCCCUGUCAGGACUACCUCAGCUUAAACAGCUGGAAUGGAAACUACUAUGCGUAUGCCAAUUACCACGAGCCAAGCCUGCCCACUUGCUAA